AUGACUUCUCGACAAGACUUUGACAAAAGCACAACCUCGGAAGAGGUUGUUGCAGCUUUCUCCAAUUACAAUGCCGGGACCACAAUACUUAUUACCGGAGUCUCUCCCAAUGGUCUCGGCGCAGCCAUGGCAAUGGCCCUUGCUUCAGAGCAUCCUGCUCAGUUGAUCUUCACAGCUCGACAAAUCGCAAAAGCAGAUGAAGUUGUCAAUGUUAUCAAGACUAACAUGAAAGAUCCGCCGCCAAUAAUGUCAUUGGAGAUGGAUUUGUCCUCGUUUGAAUCUGUACGCGAGGCUACCAAAAGGUUGGUAGAGCAAAAAAUUACGAUUAAUACCUUGAUCAAUAAUGCCGGGGUGAUGGCAUUGCCACAUCGAACACUAUCGGUUGAUGGCCAUGAAAUGCAUUUUGCGACCAACUUUCUCGGCCAUUGGCUUUUCACCAACUUGAUCUCAUCCAACAUAGCUCAAGGUGGACGGAUUGUGAAUGUCACGUCCGGGGGUUACAUGAUUUGUCCUAUUCGCUUCCAUGAUAUCGAUUGGGAGGGCGUAGAGGCAUUGCCCCAAGAAGAGCAGCCAGAUUUUGCCGCCGCAAAAAGCCUGGGAAUUGGAUCUCUCACAUCUCCCGGUGAUUACAAUGGGAUGUUGGCCUACCUCCAUUCAAACGCGGCAAGCAUGCUUCUCUCUGUCGGGCUCACAAAACGCCUCCAGAGCCAAGGGAUCUCGACACUCAGCGCAGCCCCGGGAGUGGUUAUUACGGAGUUGCAACGGCAUAUCGGUAGUUUCCGUAAUGCAACUAUGGAAUAUAAAACUGCGACACAGGGGGCCGCCAGUCUGCUUGUUGCCGCGCUUGACCCUGCUCUCCAAAGUCGCAGCGGUGCAUAUAUCAACGACUGUCAGCUUACCGAGAUCAUAUCUAGCCACGUUCAAGACGAACAGGUGGCGAAUAGACUUUGGGCGGUUGCGAAUAAAAUGACUAAUUGCAAUUUUUGA